AUGGUUGGCGUUAAUUAUUGCUGGAAUUGUUCUCUUCCUGAUAUGCCUAUUGUCAUUGAUUGCCUAGGUGAUUCAGGCAAAGCGAAAGCACCUCAUCCUUUGACGAUGAGACUUGAGCAAGAUCUUCCGGAAAAUACAGCAUGCCUAAUGGAUUGUGAAGCUGUUGAUAUUUUGAAAAGAUUCCAAGAGAGAAUGGUGGCAUUUUCUAUAAAACCACCUGUUUCAUUUGACAGGGGAUUGGAAUAUGCUCUAAGUAACAGGCUUUAUGAUAAUCCCCAGACUGUUAAACAGAUACUCGAGCCUCUAAAACAGCAUGAUGUUUCUGAUGGGGAGCUCUGCAUGAUUGCCAACUUUCACUUGGAAUCUGUUGAUGAAGUGCUUGCUCUUGUUCCCUCAUUGAAGACUAAAAAGAGCAAGCUGAUAGUUCCCCUCGAGAAUGUGUUGGCUGAACUAGCCAAACUUAGAAGGGCAACAUAAAUGGCUCAAGAAGAGCAUUCUAUGGUAUUUGUCUAGAGGGUUCUGCAUGUGUCACUUAAGGUCAUGACUAACAGUUGAGAAGCCAGCAACUCAUGUUGCAUUUCUUCUUCUAUCUUUCUUUUUCUCUACUUAUUAGCUAGGAUUUUCAGUGCCAACCAGAGGCGGAUUUGAAGUUUGUUGGUUCCUAUUAUGAUCUCAAAUUAAUAUAUACUGGUCGUUGAGUUCACAGACAAUUAUUUAGUGAAUUUUGAUGAAUUAAAAUGUCACAUCUGAAUUUUAAACUUGAAUAUAUAAUGUGUAACUACUAACAACCCAACCCACUAAUAAUAAUAUUGUCAACUUU